GGCGGGGAGCGCCGCCGAAGGGGACUGUUUGCUCCUACGGGCUGUAGAUGGAGCUGUCCGGCCCCGGCGAGGGGGAAGGCGCCUGGAAAACGUUCUUCUUCUCCCUGGCCGGCCCGAGCGGGGAACAGCACUCCCAGGAUGCAGUUUGUGUCAACACGGCCGCAGCCUCAGCAGCUGGGCAUCCAGGGCCUGGGGCUGGACAGCGGGAGCUGGAGCUGGGCCCAGGCUCUGCCCCCGGAGGAGGUCUGCCACCAGGAGCCGGCGCUGCGCGGGGAAAUGGCCGAGGGAAUGCCGCCCAUGCAGGCUCAAGAAUGGGACAUGGACGCCCGGCGACCGAUGCCUUUUCAGUUCCCGCCCUUCCCAGAUAGGGCCCCCGUCUUCCCUGACCGCAUGAUGAGAGAGGCCCAGCUGCCCACUGCAGAGAUCUCGCUCUGGACGGUGGUGGCCGCCAUCCAGGCUGUGGAGAGGAAGGUGGAGGCCCAGGCCAGCCAGCUGCUAAAUCUGGAGGGGCGGACGGGGACGGCCGAGAAGAAGCUGGCCGACUGCGAGAAGACGGCCGUGGAGUUCGGGAACCACAUGGAGAGCAAGUGGGCCAUGCUGGGGACCCUGCUGCAGGAGUAUGGGCUGCUGCAGAGGCGCCUGGAGAACAUGGAGAACCUGCUGAGAAACCGAAACUUCUGGGUGCUGCGCCUGCCGCCGGGCAGCAAGGGGGAGGUCCCCAAGGUUCCGGUGACGUUUGUUGACAUCGCUGUCUACUUCUCUGAGGAUGAGUGGAAGAACCUGGACGAGUGGCAGAAGGAACUUUACAACAACCUGGUCAAGGAGAACUACAAAACCCUGGUGUCCCUGGACGCAGAGGGUGCAGCACCCAAGCCGGAUGCACCGUCCCAGGCCGAGCCCAGGGAAGAGCCUUGCGUGUGGGAACAGCGUGACCCCGAAGAGAGAGAAAUCCUAAUGGAUCCGGACACAGGCGCGGAGCCGCUGGUGCCUGCGCAGGAUCUGUCCUCUCAGGUGAAGCGGGAGGAGGCCCUGUGUGUCCGGGGCCAGCGGGGCCUGGAGGAGAGAGCCAUCCCCACCGAGUCCAUCACCGACUCCCCGGCCUCCGCCCAGGACCUCUUGUCCCGGAUUAAGCAGGAGGAGCACCCCUGCGUCUGGGAUCAGCAGGACUUGACCGAGAGGGAUAUUCCAACGGACCCCAACUCAGAGUCUCUGAUCUCAGCACAUGACAUUUUGUCGUGGAUCAAACAGGAGGAGCAGCCAUACCCGUGGGGCCCACGUGACUCAAUGGAAGGAGAGCUCGGAUUAGAUUCUGGCCCCAGUGACAGCCUGCUGCUGGUGAAGAACCCGCCCCCCGCCCCGCAGCAACCGCCCCCACCGCAGCCGGCCCCGCAGAGCCUGCCGGUGCUCCCAGCGUGCGCCGAGUGCGAGAAGAGCUUCAACUGCCACUCGGGCCUCAUCCGCCACCAGAUGACGCACCGCGGCGAGCGGCCCUACAAGUGCUCCGAGUGCGAGAAGACCUACAGCCGCAAGGAGCACCUGCAGAACCACCAGCGGCUGCACACGGGCGAGCGGCCCUUCCAGUGCGCGCUCUGCGGCAAGAGCUUCAUCCGCAAGCAGAACCUGCUCAAGCACCAGCGCAUCCACACGGGCGAGCGGCCCUACACGUGCGGCGAGUGCGGCAAGAGCUUCCGCUACAAGGAGUCGCUCAAGGACCACCUGCGCGUGCACAGCGGCGGCCCCGGGCUCAGCGCCCCUCGGCCCCUCCAGGCGCCGCCGGAGCACGACUAGGGCUGGGCUGGGGGAG